UCUGUUGGAAAAAAACAAUCAUUAACCAUAAACACGUAAAAUCUGCCAACAACCAGAAACUAAACCAACUUCUUCAAUGUAUAAAUUGCGAAUCAAAUUCAAAUUCAAGAUAAUCAGAAUCAAAAACUAAGAAACACACAACAACAAAAAUGACUAGAUCCAUCUCUUUGUGUCUCUUCUUCUUCUUAUUCAUUUCUUGGAUUCCUAAGCUAAUCACAAGCUACCCUCUCUCCACAAAAUCAAGAUGGAUCGUGGAUGAGAAAGGCCAAAGGGUGAAGCUAGCCUGCGUGAACUGGCCGGCGCAUCUCCAGCCCGCGGUGGCUGAAGGGCUAAACAAACAACCAUUAGACUCCAUCUCCAAGAAAAUUGUCUCAAUGGGAUUUAACUGCGUUAGGCUCACUUGGCCUCUUGAUUUGAUGACUAAUGACACGUUAGCUCGCAAUGUUACCGUCAAACAGUCUUUUGAAAGAUUGAAUCUGCUUGAUGAUGUUCUUGGCAUUCAAACUCACAAUCCCAAAAUCCUUAACCUUCCCAUAUUCAAUGCAUUCCAGGAAGUGGUAUCGAACCUUGGACAAAACGGAGUAAUGGUGAUACUAGACAACCACUUGACAACGCCAGGAUGGUGUUGCAGCGACAACGACCUCGACGCCUUCUUCGAAUACCCUAACUUUGAUCCUGUCAUCUGGACCAAGGGAUUGAGCAAGAUGGCUUCUCUUUUCCGCAAUGUCACUAAUGUCGUUGGCAUGAGCCUUAGGAACGAACCACGUGGUACCAGAGAUUACCCUAACCUCUGGUUCAAGUACAUGCCAAAAGGAGGAGAAGCAGUACACGCAGCAAACCCUGAAGUACUAGUCAUCCUCUCCGGCAUCGACUACGACACAAACCUCUCUUUCCUCCGUGACCGCUUCUUCAACGUCAGCUUCACCGACAAACUCGUCUUCGAGCAACAUUGGUACAGCUUCUCCGACGGUCGAGACUCGUGGGUAAAGCACAACUCUAACGAUUUCUGCGCAAAAAUCAUCGAGAAAGUAACACAUAACGGAGGAUUCUUGAUCGGGAGAGGUUUUCCUUUGUUCUUGACUGAGUUUGGGGCUAACCUGAGAAGCGGUGACGUUAGCGGAAACCGGUAUAUGAAUUGUUUGGUGGCUUGGGCCGCGGAGAAUGAUUUAGAUUGGGCGGUUUGGGCAUUAACCGGAGAUUAUUAUUUGAGAACCGGUCAAAAACAUAUGGUUGAGACUUUUGGCGUUUUGGCUCCUAAUUGGAAAGACGUCGCCAACUCUACUUACCUGCAAAAACUCUCCGGAAUUCAACUUCCAGUUAGAGGACCCGGUUUACAAUCCAAAAAACUUCUCUUCCACCCAACAACCGGCCUUUGCGUCACCAGUAAUCUCUCAAACAAUUCACCUACACUUCGAUUGGAACAAUGCCGUAAAGCCGAGCCAUCAACCUUUAAUCCCAGUGAAGGUAUUCUCUGGAGUAACAAAAUGUGCGUCGAGGCUCCAGAUGCUGUUGGACAGAAGGUGAAGCUUGGAGCUGGCACUAAGUGCUCUAAGUUGGGACAAACCUCAGCUACUCACAUGCAUUUGUCGUUUAAGACAAAUAAUGGUUCGUUGAUAUGUCUUGAUGUGGAUGAACUUGACAACAGCAUCGUCGCUAACCCUUGCAAGUGUUUGACCAUGGAUGCUUCUUGUGAUCCAGCGAGUCAAUGGUUCAAAGUUCUUUAAAUUAUAUUAUCUAUGUUUUUAUUUUGGAGAAAAUGCAUUUGUAAUGGUUCAAAGUUCUUAAAAUCGCUCAUGAUUGUAACACUUUCUUAAAUUAUGUUCAUCGUAAUAAUUUUUUUAAUUCAAAAAUAAAAUUUCACGA